GUGUCCCUUUCAAUCGAAACAUGCAAUGUUCAACCAUGCGCGCAAUAACAGACAACUUGACGGGCUGCGUGUCGGCUGGCACUCAUCAACAGGGAUUCACGCUUCUCCUCUUGAUACAGUUCCGUUCCAAAAAUUCUCGAGCAUCUAGGGACAAAAUCGGUGAAAGAUGAAAAAGAUGAAGUGAAGAAAAUAAAAAUAGGAAAAAAAAAACAGCGCGGAUACAAACACUCGAAGUAAACACGUAGCCGCAAGGGAUGAUGGUUAAAGCCUGGUCACCAAGCUAUUGCUGGCGCGAGUUUUGAAAUGUGUUUUGGUGAGAACAUGGUGGUCGUGGUGAGCGUUGUUUCUGUUAUUUAUACUUUCCUGAUCUCCUUGUUUUCUUUCCCUUUGGUGUUGCUUAGUGAUGAAGAUGAAGAGUAGACGGAGUUUAGACGUCAAAAGUAAAACAACUAGGAGCAGAAAGCUGAACAAAAGGCACACAUUGGAUCCAUCUCAGAUCAGUUCAGAUAGCCAAAAGGAAAAUAUAGAGCCUGUUAUUAGCUUUAAAAUUGAAAAUCAAAAUCAAAAUCCAGCUGUUUCAACAAGACCACAAAGAAGAGCUAAAAAGAAAAGUAACUAUUUUCAUUCAGACUGGGAACUCAGUCUUCAAGCAAACAAUAGAUCACUUGCUGCWGCAUUAGAAGAGGCUCGAAUACAGAUCAACGCAAGUAAUCAAGAGAAUGUUCUUCUUAAAAGACAGUUGCAAGGAGAAAGACAGCACCACAUUGAAACGUUGAGAAGGGAGGUGGAUAUCAAAGUUCAGGAGAAAUUCAAAGUCAUAGACGAAUAUCUUCAAAAAACAGUUUGUAAAUUGCUGGAUUGUACAAACCUCAUUACCUCAGCUACAGAUAUAAUAUGUCACUCCAAACCAAAUGAAACAACAAAUGUCUUGACACCGUUAUCCAACACRCCUUUYCAUUCACUGGACACCACCCCUCCSCCUGACGAACCUGAAACGAUGGAAGUCACGAGUGCUGAAAUUAUUCCCAUGGAAACGACAUGCGUGGAGAUGGGUUGUAUUGAYGCAGUCGUUAGUGAGUUGAGUCAAAGAGUUUAUUCGACACAAAGUCAAGUGGUCGAUGACAGUGAAUGUGAUCCACACGACCAAGCUAGUGGUCUGUCAUCCUGUUGCGAAGAUAAUACUCUCAUGUCAUGUGACCCAGUUGCCAGUAAUGAAGCAAUGACAAAGCGAACACGACGAAGUAGUGCUGGAAAUGUUUCRUAUGUUAUGCCAAGUCUACGAAGCAAAUUGCGAAGAGGAGAUCCGUUCACCGAUACGAGUUUUCGUGAACACUUGGGAAAUAAAGAUAGUUCAAAGAAAAGAAGAGGCAGAAUGUCUACUGGAUGCAUACAAAAGAAACCCCGUUUUGCUUUGUCAAACUUAACAAACAUUAUCAGAGAGGAAGAAAUGUAAAAUAAGUGAAUGUUGGRCAURCGUCUUUUGUAUGGGCGGUCUUUCUCUUCGGGAUAUUUCCAAAGAAACACAAGAUUUUCCACUUCAGAGGACUAACAAACAGAUUAUCACUAUUACUCAGCUCGUAAUUUAUUUAUUUAUUGGAAUAUUUAUUAAUAUACACUAAAAAGUAAUUCAAAGAUAUAUUAAUAUUCAGAUUGGGAUUAUACAUAGUUUAUGAUUAUUCAGCUCGAAAUUGGCGUGUUUUUUUGCUAUACUAUUACUGUAAUUGUUCCAUCAUUUGUAUCUACUUCAUCAGCUUAUUGCAUUAUCGAUGAUUUAUUCAAUAUAAAGGAUUUGAAUGAAAAUAUAGACUAGCUCAUUCACUCWAUUUCCUGAAACCAAGACCUUGCCAAACAACUUUCCAGAAACUGGGAAACAAAUGUUACGGAGUUGUUAUUUUCACUCUUUUACCACUAGGUUUUUGUGGGUGCUUCAAUAUGUUUAGUUUUUUCUUUAUCCAUUCCUCUUUGCAUCGAGACUUUUGUAGUAUUCCUCCGAUUUCAGGUUUAUUACAUGGGCUUCCUGUGGAAGACCCUUCAAAUUGGCAUCGAGGAACGUCUGAUGAAUAGUGACUCCCUUGUUUCCAUAGGAAUGUUAUAUCAUUAGAAA